AUGCGCAUUCCGUCUCUAGCAGUGCAUUGUUUUCCUCAGUAUUUCCUCAUUCUCGCAUCCAUUCUGACCACCGGACUAAUUAACCGACUUAGACGUGCAUUCAUUAUUAAAGUUCGAGCCGUUUGUGAAAUCGAACCACUAAACGACAAAGGCACCAAUUGGUUCCGGGAGCAGUCGAAAGGACAAACCACUACCCAGUCGAUUCGUGUCACUUGUACCGCGACCGGUGACAUUCACUUUCAGAGUGUAGAGUCCGGCGAGGGGAUUCUUAGUCUGUGCAAUGCAAGCAAUGAGGCCGUGGAUGUGACAGGAUGGAAAUUGCAUUUCGAGUGUGCCAGUGAUCACGUCUCACAGCAGCUUCCGGAUGAUUUACAAUUGGAACCGCACGGUGAAAUUCGUAUUGUUUUGCUUCCUACCGAGGGAAGGCUAAAACAUACUGUCGACAACCGAAACUAUGUGACUAUUUUCACCAUGGCCGCGUCACGACAUUAUCACGAUUCCUCUUUUACUCUUUACGACUCGGAUGGUGUGGUUCGUGCAGUGUCCAAAAUUGAGCGUAUCUCUCCGAGUGCAGUUCUGACAAAGAACCCGGAUUCCGGAUCUGAUUUCAGUGCAGAUGAGACUGCAAGUUCUGCCGAGACGUCGGAUGAGAGUGAAGCCGAGACAGACGGAGACGAUCGCAAGGACGGUGGUGAAGAGGGGGAGGACGAGGAGGAAGAGAAGGAACAUCAACCGAAGGUUACCUCUGGUAGCGGUGGUGGUGGCUCCUUGGACAUACCAUCUUACACGCGCUAUCGACGGUUCCUGGAUGCCCAUCCCACAAAACGAGUCAAUCCAUGCGUAAGUUCCGUUAUGGUGCGAUCGAUGACCCGUCACUUUUUUCUGUCUCGUUUAGUGAGCAAGAAAUACGGAAAAUUGCUGUGA